UAUGGGAGGAUGAAAAGGCUUGCUAUGCGUGCCCGCGACAUCAUCCUUUUGGUGGCGAUGUCUAUUGCAGGAGGUUGGCAGGUACAUAUAUCAAGAUCAUAUCCAUGUCAUGAGUAUUCAUUUCUUUGCAUACUAAUUUGCCCUUCCAACGUCCGCGAUGAGACGAUCCGUGUUGUUUUUCUUUUUUGCGACGGCUUCCACAGCCGAGUUCUACAAUGGAACCUCAAGCUACACAUGCCUACCCUCACAGGCCUGUUGGCCGUCAUUAUCCAUGUGGCAAGCAUUCAAUACCAGCAUCGGUGGCCGUCUUCGAGCAACUAGACUGUGGGCUGAGCCUUGUUACACAGACUUAACAAGCGAUGCCUGUUUAGCUGUCCAAGAAGGGUACAUCAGCGGGCAACCCAGGUCGUCAAUUUAUGGUGCUAUGGAGCAGCUUAACUGGGAGGUUUGUGGGAAUCAAAGCUGUCAAUUAAAUUCCCUGACGGGUGCUCCGUCGUCGGGCGUGUGCUCACUUGGAAGACUGUCGGCAUACUACGUGGAAGCAAUUUCAACGUCUGAUGUUCAGAAAACCCUUACGUUUGUCGAGGAACACAAAAUCCGUCUUUCAAUCAAAAACACCGGCCAUGAUUACAUGGGACGGAGUGCGGCAGCAAAUUCUCUUGCGCUAUGGACGCACAACAUGAAAGAUAUGGAGUACCAUCCCGAAUUUUCUCUCUCAAACGGUCGAAAUGCUUCUAGUAUUCAACACGUUGCGGUUAUUGGAGCCGGAGUCCAGGCAUCAGAAGCUUAUACUUACUUCCAAGGCUUUGGGAUGCACGUUACCGUCGGCGCAGUGGGCUCCGUCGGGCUGGCCGGAGGUUUCGGGCAAGGGGGCGGCCACGGGCACUUCGGACCUAGCUACGGGCUGAUGGUUGAUCAAGCCGUGGAGUUCGAUGUUGUGACCGCGGACGGCAAAGCCCGCACUGUCAACGAGUUCAAUGAUCCAGAUCUUUUUUGGGCCAUGCGAGGCGGUGGCGGAGGCACCUACGCAGUCUUGACGGCGUACAAGUUCCGGCUACAUCCCGCGGUCCCGAUGAACGUGUACAGUUUCCAAGCCGAUAUCCUGAAUUCUUCCUUAGCUUCCAACUUGACUCAGUCAAAGGUUUACCGCGAUGUCAUCACUGCGCUGGCCAAUAACCAGACUGAAUGGUCUAACGAACGCAUCGCUGGCUACAAUUUCUUUCUUCCCAACAAUAUCAUAUCGAUCCAGAUAUUGCCGAGUAAAGACGCCAAGGCACUCAAAGCGUUGACAGCACAAUGGUCGUCCUUUUUGACGACUUACCCGGGUCUCAAUAUAACCCAAAACGAAUACAAGGCUUUCGAGAACUUCACUGAUUACGCGACGUAUAUCGCGCCAGCGCUUGCAACCAACGGACCCGUUGGUGUUGGCAUCGCGGAAGCGGCCCGUCUUGUGCCCCGGAAGCAGUUCACGAGCCCAGAGGAUAUCGAGGCGCUCGUCGAUGCGUUCUUGCAAGGCAUGCAGACGAGCUAUGAGCUUGGCGCGGGAUUGGGUACUGGCAGUGGUCAGAUCUACGCAACAGGCCCCGCGAAUCAGCAUGACAACAGUAAGACAGGACUGCACCCGGCUUGGCGCGGAUCGCUGUGGGAGGUAAUCCACGGUGGCAUAUAUCUCAGCAAUUAUACUCGAGCUGAACAAGACGCCAUUUUCGAUACCGUUGCACAGGCAAUCAAGCCGAUGAAGGCGCUUACACCAGAAGGAGGAUGUUAUUUGAAUGAAGGAGACUGGAAGGAAAGUGAUUGGCAACAGACCUUUUUCGGCGGCAAUUACAACAAGCUGCUGAAGGUGAAGAAAAUGUAUGACCCUACAGGACUGUUUAGUUGCUGGAAAUGCGUCGGUUGGACCGAGUCGGACGAUUCAAUUGGUUCAUGCUAGAGUCCGGACAAUUUGUCCACCAUCUUUAGCUC